GACGCGGCCUCGCUGCGGCCUCGACAUUUCUCCACCUUCAUUUAUCUAGCACACUCGUAGUAGCAUUACGAAGUGAUGGCCGUAUAGUGUCUAGAGAGUUUGGAAUAUGAAAAGUGCAAUUACAACGCGAUUUAAUAUCGCUAUAGUAUCGCAGUUUUUUGUUAUAAACGAAAUUAUCUUACCGUUGGAGAAGCUGCUCGCAUCUCUUUAAUUGUAAUAGGUCGUAGCUUGUCUUUCGGAUUACUUUGGUUUCAUGUCACAUCUUCACUAAUUUCCACGGAGUCCGUUUCUUCAGAGAAUCAGCCAUUCUGAGCCGGACAGAUAACAGUCUCUCAAGAUGACGAGAGUCCGAAAAAUUUGCUGCAUGGGAGCUGGCUAUGUGGGUGGGCCCACGUGCAGCGUUAUUGCCUUAAAAUGCCCGGAAAUUCAAGUAACCGUCGUUGAUAAGAGCAAGGAGAGAAUAGCACGAUGGAAUUCGCAGAAGUUGCCAAUAUACGAGCCGGGCUUAGACGAAGUUGUCCAAAAAUGCCGUGGAAAAAAUUUGUUCUUUUCUACCGACAUCGAGACGGCAAUCAAGGAGGCCGAUUUAAUAUUCAUCUCGGUGAAUACUCCGACGAAAACCUUCGGUAAUGGCAAAGGGAGAGCGGCUGACUUGAAAUAUGUAGAGAGUGCUGCCAGAAUGAUCGCGGAAAUUGCGACAGGAGACAAAAUAAUUGUGGAGAAAAGCACGGUACCAGUACGGGCAGCUGAAAGUAUUAUGAAUAUUCUGCGCGCUAAUCAUAAACCAGGCGUUUCCUAUCAGAUUCUUUCGAAUCCAGAAUUUUUAGCCGAAGGAACCGCUAUAGAGGAUUUAGUGAACGCAGAUCGGGUGCUUAUCGGUGGAGAAGAUUCUCCAGAAGGACAGGCGGCUAUUGAAGAACUUUGCAAAAUUUACGAACAUUGGAUCCCAAGAGAAAAUAUUUUGACAACGAAUACAUGGAGCUCAGAAUUAUCGAAGUUGGCUGCAAAUGCUUUUCUAGCACAACGGAUAUCUAGCAUAAAUUCUUUGUCGGCGGUAUGCGAAGCCACGGGUGCCGACGUGUCCGAAGUCGCUAGAGCAAUUGGACUUGAUUCUCGAAUUGGUUCCAAAUUUCUUCACGCAUCGGUCGGUUUUGGAGGUUCUUGUUUCCAAAAAGACAUAUUAAAUCUUGUGUACAUGUGUGAAUGUCUGAAUCUGCCAGAGGUGGCUGCAUAUUGGCAACAAGUGAUUAAUAUGAACGAAUAUCAAAAGUCAAGGUUUUCUGCGAAGGUCAUAGAAUCUCUUUUCAACACCGUGACGGACAAGAGAAUCGCUAUGCUAGGCUUCGCCUUUAAGAAAAAUACAGGAGAUACGCGUGAAUCACCAGCGAUCCACGUUGCCAAGACAUUACUGGACGAAGGUGCUGUUCUUCACAUUUACGAUCCCAAGGUUGAAGAAGCUCAAAUUAUCCAAGACUUGACUCAUCCGAGUGUAACAAGCAAUCCCGAAGAUGUAAAAAAUCGAAUCAGUAUUUAUAAGAAUGCUUACAGUGCCACGAGGAAUACUCACGCUAUUGUGUUGUGUACAGAAUGGGAUGAAUUUUGCGAAUUGGAUUACACGCAGAUUUAUGCAGACAUGAUGAAACCAGCAUAUAUAUUUGAUGGGAGAAAAAUUUUGAAUCAUGACGAAUUGCAAAGGAUCGGUUUUGUUGUUCAGACUAUCGGCAAGAGGCUCACGAGAUUUCACGCAAUUUCAAGAGCAUGGGGUAGUCAAACGCAAAUUUAAAACAAUGGACCAAUCUAUUAGUAUAUUUUCAAUUCGGUAAAUAAUAUCUAUAAUCUAUUGCGAGAAUUUUAUUAAGUAAGUUAAUCUACGUAUAAAUGCAUUUUUUAAAUGAUG